CCACCCACGUGAGCCACCCCAGCUGCCCUCCCCAGUCAGGGUAUGUGAGGGGCUUCAACCACCCCUGUGGCUGCAUCUGUGUCCCCAUCUCUGGGGAGCCAAACAAAACCCAGCUGUUCAGUUUCUUCCAGACGGACCUGGGGGGCUUCCUGCCUCGCUCCGUGGUCGACUCUUUCUUCCCAUCCAGCAUGGUGGAGUUCUACAGCAACCUGGCCAAGGCCAUCAAGUCCCUCAAGGACCACUGAUACACUCAUACUAUACCUUCCCUUAGCCCUGGUCCCAGAUCUGUUUGUGCUGCAUAACCAACUCCUGGCACCAGGUGAUACUCAGAUCUGGGACCAGCAUUCAGCGGGACCAAAAAACACAGAAUGAUUAGCUAUGUGAAUGGCUUAGUUUUAAAGAGGCUAUAUGGAACUUUUCACCUCAGGGGGCUUUUUAACUGAAAGGGACAGAUUGAUGUAAAUGGAUUUUAAAAAUCCUUAUUUGAGAGCAUGGGGCACACCUCCCCAGGCCGUAUCUUUCUAGACUAAAAAUAACYAUUGUGUUGUUUCAUGAGUAAAUAAAUAUUGUUAUAUCAACCAUACAGGCAACACUCAAGCCAAAAAUGUAGAUAAACAAUUAGCAACUCAACUUCUGUACAGCCUCUUUAGAAGAGUGGUCACCUGGCCUUGGCUUGGAGUAAACUGUCUGAGCUUAAAGGGAGAUGAUAUUGGAUGAUAUGAGGGAAGGYAGUGUGCAGCUUGUUUGUCCCAGCACUAACACAGCUGAUUUCAGYUCAUUGAGGUCUUGGUUCAUGUGUGUAAUAAUGGUGUGUUAGWGCUGGAGCAAAAAGCCUGCACCCCUGGUACUGUUGCUCUCUAGGACCAGGUAUGGUGGCCACUAGUGUAGUCUUACAAAAAGGUUGAGGGUCGGUUCUAAUUUCAUUCAUUCAACCCUGGAAAAAGAUUGAAUAGGAAUUUCUCAUAGAGGGUUAUGUGCAUUUUCUGC